AUGGGGAAAGCAAGCAAAUGGAUUAGGAACUUCUUGAUAGGAAAAAAAGAUGAGAAAGAGAAGAAGAAAGAGAGUUGCUUUUCAUUAGAAAGUUUUGCAACUCCUAAAGAGAAGCCUAGGUGGAGCUUUGUAAGAUCUUCAAGCACAGACACCAACCCUUAUAAGAGUACUAGAUCAUUUGAUUCAAUUGUCACUUGUCAGCUUGUAACACAGAACGCGCAGAAUCGUGUCACGGCCAUAGCCGUGGCAGCCAAUGAAGCAACUGAAAGAGGUGUGGGAGCAAAACACGCAGUGUCUGAAAAGCCAGGACCAGUUGAAGAUGCAGCUGCCACCAAAAUACAAGCCGUGUUCCGGUCUUAUUUGGCGAGGAAAGCGUUGUGUGCCUUGAGAGGACUGGUGAAGCUACAAGCAUUGGCAAGGGGUCACCUGGUGAGAAAACAAACUACUGCUAUGAUGAGAUGUAUGCACUCAUUAAUGGCAAUUCAAGUCCGAGCUCGUGUUCAGAGGAUCCAAAUGGCUGACGAAGCACAAGGCAAUAGGAGAACAACGCGAACAACUAACAGAGAAUUAGCUCAAGGCAGUCAGCUCAGCAGGACAUAUAGUGAAACAAUGGAUGCGAAAGUCAAUGAAACACGACAAAGUUUGAAGAGCAAAAGUGAGCAUAUGAAUUACUCAAAAAUUGAAAGGACCCGUCUUCCAAUCUCAAAACAUGAUCAUCAACUUCAGAUAAGCCCGAAUCCAUCAACACUUGCAGACAAGAGCUCAAGAAUCUGCAACAAGCAAUUUCAGGAUAAUUCUUCCACUAAAUCACAGAGAAGUCCUCAAUACUUUUCUACCAUGUUCGACUCCAACCAAACAAGAGCUCCUUUUAGUACUCCGGUGCCAGAUGAUCAUGACUACCAGUUCUCACCAAAUUUCAUGGCCAACACAGAAUCUUCAAAGGCGAAAGCAAGGUCCCGGAGUGAACCUAAACAACGGCCAAAAUGGAGGAUGAAACAGAAGAGCACGAGAACUGCAUCAACGGAAAAAAUGGAUGUCACACAAGAAAUAUUGAUGCAUAGCUCAUUGUCACACUCAAAAACGACUGCCAAAAAGAACCAGUACCCCUGGUUAAUGAAGCUCUAUCGACAAACGAAGUCUAUAAAGGACAGUGAAUGUGAUUCCACCAGCACAAUGACUAAUAAUUCCAACUACUGCAACUCCUUAAUUGUGUGUGAGCCCCCUGUGAAUCUGUACUAA